UAACUCUGUAAGCACGGGCCGCUUAACCAGCUGAAAACUAUUGACCGAGAGCCAUUGAUUCAGAGGAAUUUAGAGCAAGUUGACGCUGCGUAACAUUCACUAUGAAUGAGGCCAGAGCUGUGACCGCUGUGAAAGACUCUCACAGAAAACAUCCUGCCAACCCUGCCCACUGACAUGCAGGACAUGAAGGACAACGCUUCGAAAAACGCCCAAAAACCACUGGCCAAGUUUACGCGUAACCAGAUCCAGAUCCAAAGCAGAGUCCUCUGAGCUGACAGAAGUUGAGGGGUGACUGAGCAGCUCUGAUUUCAUUUCACAUACUACAGAGAUUGUUGCACUGCCAUGUGCUCAGCUCCUGUUCCUCCGUCCUGCCAGAUUUGAAGCCAGAUUCUGAAACAAAUCGGUGAUAGAUCCGUCAGACAGACACAAUGACAACCGCCAGCGCUCCGCGAGACAGGUAUAAUGCUGUAUGGAUCAUAUUCUUCAUUCUGGGCCUGGGAACUCUGCUACCAUGGAAUUUCUUCAUGACUGCUACCAUGUACUUUACCAACCGUCUGAAGGACCCACAGACGAACGCAGAAUACAAUCAGACAGAAAAUGUGACGGUGGAGAAAGACGAUCCUAGACGUAAUGUCCUAGAGUCAAAGUUCAACAACGUGAUGACGCUGUGUGCCAUGGUACCGCUGCUGAUUUUCACCUGCCUCAACUCCUUCAUUCAUCAGAGGAUUCCUCAGAAGCUGAGGAUCCCAGGCAGUCUGUCUGUCAUUUUAGUGGUGUUUCUCAUCACAGCCGUGCUGGUGAAGGUGGAGAUGGAGCCCCUGCCAUUCUUUGCGUUUACUAUGAUCAAAAUCAUCUGCAUCAACUCGUUCGGGGCGAUUCUGCAGGGGAGUCUGUUUGGAUUGGCUGGGAUGCUCCCAGCGUCCUACACCACGCCCAUCAUGAGCGGACAGGGUCUGGCAGGGACGUUUGCAGCCUUCUCCAUGAUCUGUGCGCUCGCCUCGGGCUCAGAGCUGCAGGCCAGUGCCUUCGGUUACUUCAUCACUGCCUGUGUGGUUAUUCUCCUGGCCAUCGUUUCUUACUUCGCUCUGCCUAAAAUGGAGUUUUUCCAGUAUUAUUCUGAGAGCAAUGGCUCCCGAUCCAACUCUGAUGAGGAGAACAAGAUGGAUUUGCUGAAACAAGAAGGUCAAGCAGAGAAGAGGCCGGUCCUGAGCCUGACUGAUGAAGAGAGCAGACCCGCCGUGUCAGUGUUUGGCAUCUUCAAACAGAUCUGGGUGAUGGCUCUUUCCGUGUGCUUUGUGUUCACCAUCACCAUUGGAGUCUUCCCAGCUGUCACUGUUGAUGUCAAGACCACGGUUGUUGAAGAGGGGAACGGUUGGAAUACUUAUUUCAUCCCGGUGUCCUGCUUCCUCCUGUUCAACUUGAUGGACUGGGCCGGCAGGAGCCUGACUGCUGUUUGUAUGUGGCCCGGUAAAGACAGCAUCUGGCUGCCCGUCCUGGUCAUCGCACGCUUGGUGUUCGUUCCUCUCUUCAUGCUCUGUAACGUUCAGCCCAGACACUUCCUGCCCGUGGCGUUCGCUCACGAUGCCUGGUACAUCGUUUUCAUGAUCCUCUUCUCCUUCAGCAACGGAUACCUGGCCAGCCUCUGCAUGUGCUUCGGACCAAAGAAAGUGUCCCAACAUGAAGCGGAAACCGCAGGGGCCAUCAUGGCCUUCUUCCUCUCUCUUGGCUUGGCUCUGGGAGCCGCGUUAUCCUUCGCUUUCCGGGCCAUGGUCUAGAACCGUGGGCUGGUUCUCAGGAUGAUGAAGAAGAGGAACUUUAACCUCAGAUAUACACGGAGCUGGAGAGAAUGUUUUCAUACUGCACAUGUAUCCGCUUGCCUGUUUGUCCCUCUUGUGUGUUUUCUUGAAGAAAUGGAACUGGAAUAGACCGUAUUCAGGCCGGGAUUCAGAGGGACCAUCUUCAUCAACACCAUCAGGCAAAAAAAUGAGCCAAAUCUAUCUGCAUUUUUUUUUUAAAUACUUUUUGUAAAAUGUGCGUGACUUAGUAUUUAGCAAUAAUGUAUAGUUCAACUUAAACCUUUCUUGUUGAAAUAUUUUUAAUGAGUUUGUAGAUAUUAACAGUUUUAAUAGUCCUGUUUUACUUUUGUUUAGUGAUGGCAGAGACAUGCAGCUAUUUGGGCAGUAGUACACUCCAAAAAAAAAAAAAAGUUGUCCUUUGCGAAUGUCUAAAAAUUCAAAAUGACCUUUUGAUAUGAUAUAAAAUCUUAAAAUUAAGAGUUCAUGCUUAAAACAAGAAAAUAAAAAUAAUUUGGUUGUCCAUUUUGAAUUGUUUUUUCUUGCAUUAUUGAAAGACAUUUUUACUUGUUUUAAGCAUAAACUCAACUAAUUUUAACAUCUUAAGUCAUUUUUCUGAAGUAAAUGUCUCUUCAUUAAAGAAUGUUUAGAUAUUUGUUCUGAAAACAAAACAAGACUGUUUAAGGAACUAAUUUUGCAGUGGUUCUAGAUAAAUCGUACUGUAUCAUACCAUGAAAGGGCCCCAGUUUGAGUUUAUAGUGGCAUUUUGAAUCUUAAGAUCCAUUCAGAUGUCUGCUGUUUAUUUUGUCAGCUGCAGCUUGCUUUCAAAUAUUGGCCUCAGUACAUUUUAUCAGCAAUUUUAAAUGAAGGCCUAUAAGUGUUACAUUUGACCUUAUUAUUUAUGUUUAUUCUCUAACUGCUUUUUUAUUCAUUUGUUUAAUGCAACAUGUAUGAUGACACAUUUUAACACCAUGUAAAAGCACAACUUGCUUUGGUGCCUUUUAAAUUAGAUGUUAAAAAAAAAAAAAGUAAAAUUAUAAACACAUUUCUGUUUGUAACUGCGUGAUCUUGUCUGUUCAGUACGUGAGCUGCGCCAGAGACUCGACUGCUCGUCUGUCAGUGUCUCUAAAAACAGUUUGUAAUUAUAGGAAGUUUGCUUGAUUAGUGCCGUUAUUCCUGUGGCAAACCCAAGAAACUCUUCAUUAAUGCUUGACGCAACUAAAUGUUACAUCCACCAAUUGUUACAUAUCCACAAAGGCUGGUUUUCAUGAUAAAUAUACCAUACUUCCUAUGUUAACUGGGGUCAUUGUCAUGAAACAAGGGCAUUAAAAUGAAGAAAACUGUGUUCGUUAACACUAAAAAAAAUUUAAUAAACGCUGUCAUUUUUGCUUGCAUAAUAUUAUGCAAA